AUGUCUAAGCUUUCGAGCGUUAUAUUUUUGCUUGCAAUUAUAUAUUCAUUGCAUUUAACAUCAAUUAACUGUGCAUUUAGACAAUUUAAUCAAAAUUCCAAACCAGAAUUUGGUAAAAUUUUAUUAAAUUCGAAUGAUUUGCCAAUUAAUACUUCUGCAAACAACUCUGGUACACAAGUUUUAAACAAUACUACUUCAAAUCAAUCGAUUAAGGCUUCGAAAUCCUUAUCUAAAAAUAUUUCUUCGUUAAACCCGACUAAUUUAUCUGAAGUAGCCAAUAAUUCAACUAAUGAUACUCAUCAUGAGCAAAAUUCGACAAAACUCUCACAAGAUUUGAAAAAUACUUUAAAUCUAACCAAUAAACAUGAAAAUAAACCGAAAGUUAACUCUACAACUUCAAAUAUGUCAUCAGACCUUACUAAAAAUCAUACAAAACACCAAAAAAAUAAUAUUUCAAAAUCGACGGAUAAUCUAAACAUUUCUAAUAAACUUAAUGAAAAUAGCUCGAAGAAUGUCACGGCAACGUCUAUACUAAAUUCCCAAAAAAAUCAAACCGAAAUAUUAAAUAAUACUACAAUUAAAGGUCAAGAAAAGACUUCAAAUGCAUUAAAUUCGACUAGUAUAGCUAAUAAUACCGCUAAAAAUCACAAUCAGAAGAAUUCAUCGAAACAGAACGCCACAAAUAGCUCACUAACGAAAAAUACUACUGAUGUAGGCAAUAAACAGCCAAACAAUACAAAUUCAAGAUUAAAUUCUACAAUAAAAACUGCUUCUAAAAAUUUAACAAAUAAUGUUACAAAUUCAAUUGCUACAAAUGCAUCCGCUACAACCUCAAAUGCUACAAAUCAAAAGGCCUCAAAAAUAUCUCAGAAAAAUCAAACAAAUAUAAAAACAAAUAAUAUAAGCGCAAAAACUAACAAUACUACUAAUCUUAACACGAAUAUUACUACUAAAAACGCUACAUCUGCAUCUAAAAAUGCUGAAAUUGUCAAAAAUCAAACAAAAAUAAAUAAUCACUUAAAUAUUACAUCAAAUAAACAAAAUAUUACACAGCCAGCUAAGAAUAUAACUAAAUCUAGUAAUACGACAUCACAAAGUCCCAAAAAAGAAAAGAAAGAUCCGAAGAAAGGAAAAGUCGAAAUAGUUGAAGAAGAAGUAGAAUUAGAUGUUACAGAUGACAUACCAGAUAUCGAUGAUCUCAAUUUAGCUCUUACAGACUUCUCACAAUUUAAUGAAUCUUCUAAAUCUUCUAAUGAAGACAAUUCUGAGUAUUCUGUGAUCAAACCAUUAUAUAAGAAGGCAAGGAAGCAUAGCGCAAAGCAUAGAAAGCAUUAUCAUAUCCUCGAAGAUACCCUCUCUAUAACAGAAACCCCUGAAGAACCGGAUAAAGAUGAUAUUAAAAUUCUCAAAAAAGUUUACAAUAACCGUUUUGUAAACUCUCAAUUAUAUGGCAAAGUUUUUUCACUCGCAAAAUCAUCAGGAGGAACGAAGAAAUGGCAUAAAGGCAAACAAAAAGUAAAUGAAAAUGAAAUUAUCAGUAAAAAGUCCGAAAUCGUAAAAACAAACAGAACAAAAACAGCUUCUCCAAGGCAAACAACACCACCCCAAUCUCCUGCACCAACAGUUGUAAUUGUCCUGCCAACUAGAACUCCUUCUUUCGAAAGACCUUAUCCAACAACAAUUCCAUUUAUAACUGUUUUUGUUUCUGUAACAAUUUUCAUUUACGCUUUGAUGACAAAGAGAAGAACAUCAAGGCAGUCGAGUAGAAGAAUGUUAGGGAACACAAACCACGCAAAUGAUGACCAGGAUGAUGAAAAUAUGUCGAUGCUUCCUCAGAAACUUGAAGAGAUUUCCCUUAACCCAUAA